CGGAUCUGUGUUCUGCCGAUGUUCAGCCACGUGCUGUAAUCUGUCGCCUUAUUUAUUAGGUGCGCACGCGGUUUAAAGAAAUAAUAUUUUUGUUGAGGAUGAAAACCUCGUACUCCAGAACCUUUUCUCUGUCAAUAUUCACAUAAGCAGCAGUUACUUAGCAGGCCACUGCAGGCUGCUAGAAAAGGAUGUCCCUGGGCGCUAACAGCGUGAAUCUUGCGGGAAGCGCGGGACCGCAAUUUGGAAACGAUGAUGAGGCCGACGAUAGAUCCAUCUCAUCCUUCGGUGGCGGCGCUGCCGACCAGCGCUCGGCCACGGUGGUUGUGCCUGGCGUGGCAAACUCGGACACCGAAUCGUUGCAGCAAACGGCGGGUUUCAACUUAAUGAGGCUCACUCCCCCGCCUCCGAUAAAUGAUAUUCUUGUUCAAGGCCCCGCGGAAAUUUUGGUGCUGGACGAAGUUGGCGUGUGCGAAGAUGAAUCACCGAAUAUUGAAACAGGAGUAAACCCAGGGCCGGAUGUCAUGAAUCACAUCCAACCCGAGGUAGAUGUCAAACUUGGAGCCUUGAACAGCCCAGUGAGUGGAGGGAACAAGUUGUCAACAGAGCUGAAUGACGACAUCCUGUCUAUAAUGUGUGAUGACAACGAGGACGAUGAUUUCUAUGGGGGUGAUACCUCCAAAAAGAGAGACUGGAGUUCGGUUUCCAGAUUUAGCAGCAAGCGGAAGCAGGACUCUGCCGAUGUUCCUAAAAGUGCCAAAAAAAAGAAGAGUCGCUCCAUGCCCAAGACUCCCACACCAAGGAAUGGGAAGACACGAGCUGGUUCCUUUCAAGAUCGGCUUGGCAGACCUAAAUACUCCCAGGACCAGACUGAUUGUGAAUUACAGAGGCCAUGCUUCAAUUUUGUCAAAAAUGGCAAUUGUUUCCGUCCCUCCUGCCCGUUUCUCCACCCAUGCCCACCCCACCAGGAUAAUGGUGCAGCCCGAAACAGACAUAGAAGGAUGUCAGUAAGUGAUGUGCUACUCGUUGAAACAAGUAACGGCGAUGUCAUCCUGGGGAACUCCCCUCCCCGAUAUCUAGUGGAACUGCAGCAGAAAGUUCUACAGCAGGAGGCAGAGCAGCAGUCGCUGAUGCAGCACGUUAAGCGGACUGAGAUGCAACUGAAGCAGUAUGCAGCCCAUCAAGCACGGCAGGUGUACGAUCACAUGCAAGAGAUGCUUCACAGCCAGCAACAGCAACAACAGGACGAGCUGCACCAGACCAAGCAGAUGUACAGACAGCUCAGCCUGGACCGAGGCAAGAUGGAGGAACAAGCCAGGGUGCUGGAGAGUCUCUGCAGGUUGUUGCAGUUGGUGCUGGAGCACCACCUACAGAAUUUCAAGCCUGACCGAAGUGCAGCUCCUCAGAGCACCAAGGUGUCCACUCGUCUUCACCUGCUGCCGGAUUUGCGUCAGAUCCCUCCCCUGAAGAAGUUCGAUGCUGACCGACCUCCGCGACCCAGAUCAGCUGAUUUUGAUAAUCAGCGGUCGUUGGCAAGAGAUGCCUGGCCCCCUCUCUCUGUGAGACCAGAAGAGAGCCAGUGUAGGCCUCUGUCGGCUGAUAAUCUGCGUCGCACCGACCGCCUGCCCUAUCACGCUCACCGCUCCCUCCAAGAAAGCAUGCCAUUGCAUCGCAGUCACGAAUGCCAGAAUGUAGCCAGUCUAAACCACGAUUGGUACAUUGGCCCUACCUACCACAGUGGCCAAUUAAUGCAUGACCUACAAGUUCCUGCCAGUCAGCCACAUUGCCACGCAGCCGGUAACCCUCGGGUUGUGCGUGUAGUACCCGUACAACACUGUGCCGAAACAACCUUUGAAGCCUACGCACAUGAGCAUGCACCGUUACCUCCCCAGUAGGGAAAUCUUCCAACAUGAAUAAAAAAGUUCCCCCUGAAAUGAGACCCCUUUAUCUACGUGUAUGUUCUAGGCAUUUUCAACAUUUGAGUCUUUGUGUCAGUUCAGGACAGCCUGCAACAUUGGCAAAUGCAGUGAAAACUGUAAAAAAUGUUUUCCAGUUAAGCAGAUCUGUUUACAGAGAGAUACAAUGACAUUUCAGAAUCAGAAAAAGAGAUUAGUUUUGUAAAAGCUGAUUUAUAUAUAUAUCUAACAUCUUAUUUUGAACAUGGUCUUACAAAGUAUGAGAGAAAAAAAGAAUCUUGCGUAUAUUUUCACUUUAUAUUAUUCCAAAUAAGUUUGGUUGUUUUUUUGUUGUUAGAAACAAAAACUUUGAAGUUUGAGAUUAGAGUUUGUAUGCAGAUUGAAAUGGAACAAACUGCUUUAUUUUGUAUAAACUGUAUUUUCUAUUUUUCUCCAAAAAGUUACGGAGAAAGUUAUAUACUAAAUUUUACGUAAAGAGUUGCAUGCGUUCUGUUAUAUCAAAUGCAAACGUUAGCACAAUGUGUUUCAUGAGAAUUGGAAUUUGACAGUUCCAGAUUUGAUGCGGUCUGAAAUUGAUAACUGAAAGACAGAAUAUUUUAUGUCAUCGGCAAUAAAGACAAAGAGUGUUGCUACUUUACUGGCAAAUAGCCAAGCGAGUUCUUUACAAAGUAAUUGAGUGAAGUAAAAAUUUUAUUCUUUAAUUGCUGAAACCUGGAUUGUGAAUGACAAAGAAAAAGUUGAUCUAACAUUGAGCGAAUGUUUGAGUGAAGAUGACUUUGUGGUAGGUAUUUUCAGGUUUAGAGGUCUCCAUUGAAACCAGAAUGAAUCUGCAUGCACUACUGCACUGUUUUUUUUACUUUGUUCUAGUUUGUCUUGUUAAUGUUACAGUAGGCAUGUGUGGACAUUUUAAAGUUUUAUAUGUACACGUACAUGUAUUUGCUUUUGAAAAAUUUAUCAAGACUUCAUUUAGGCAAAUAUCUUUACUGUGUUUGUGACUACUUUUUUGUGCUGAAGACUAAAGCAAUAGAUUCAGUUGUGUUAAAAAGAAACACUUGAAAUGCCAGAUUCUGGUUUUAUAACCGUGACUACAGUUUUGUGCUUGGAAUUUAUUGAAAAAUGAUUUGACCAUCAAGAAUUGUCAAUUUGGGGUUACAGGUCUGUAUUGUGUAGCAAAUUUAAGGUACGGCUUUCCAAAGUUGGUUUAACAAGCCGCCAAAGAAGUAACAGAGGAUUAUCAAAUGUAUGUGCUGUAUCCUCAUUUUGUUUUUGAGAUUUAUACUUUGCAUACAGCCAGAAUUUAAACGUUUUUCUUGAAUUUCCAGUGAAAGAUGUUUGCUUUGAUAUUUUAUUCUGUUUGAAAGGAUUAGCUUAACUUUACUUUCAGUCGAGUAAAAGAUAGUUGAAUGUUA